AUGGCUGAGGAACAGCUGGCUGGCUGCAUCUCCAAAGCUUCUGACAGUCACGCAGCUGACACUUACCAAAACGGCUGCAUUGGUGUGAAUCAGGGAAUCGGGGUGAUAACAGGACACAUCGACAGCCUGGAUGUGAAGGCCCAGACUCCUCUGUUCACAGCUGUCAGUGGGAAACAUCUCGACUGCGUGGUGGCCCUGCUGAAGGCCGGGGCCGACCCCAACGGCAGCCAGUACAACAACAGCUCCCCGGUGCUGACCGCCGCCCGAGAGGGUGACAUGGACGUGCUCAGGGAGCUGCUGCGCUUUGGAGCCGAGUUGGACGUCAGGCCCAAGGUGCCCGAGUGGGCCUCCAGCAGCACGGCGUGCAGAGGGCCCCUGUACAUCUCAGCUGUGUAUGGACACCUGGACUGCUUUAAGUUGCUCCUGCUGCACGGGGCCAACCCCAACUACAACUGCACAGACGAGAAGAUGAUGGCCAGGAUAAAGCAGCCGAAGACAGUGCUGGAGGUGUGUCUGCGUUAUGGCUGCGGGGUGGAGUACAUCCAGCUUCUCAUUGACUUUGGGGCGGACGUGUAUCUACCCACGCUGAUCAUUGACAAGACGACGAAGCAGAAUGAAGCUCUGGUUCUGCUGCUCAAGGAGAGAGCUUGUCCCAAAACACUGAUGUCUCAGACACGGCUGACGAUCCGAAGACACAUGUCCCUCUCUGACAAGGAGCCUGCCAUUGACAGUUUGGACAUUCCCCUGAUCCUGAGAAACUACCUGAAGCAUGACACCUCUGAACUCAAAUGACGCCUCUGAGAUGUGGCCAGUGAACCUUUUACCUCAGUGCUGCUGGAUCAUUGAUUUUGAGCUUUGACAUUAGUUUCCCAGAAGUAGGACAACCAGUCUCACACUGUGGAAUAUUCUGCCCUGCUCAUGUAGAGGUCUUUUUACUGUGAAUUGCUAUUUUUAUUAUUGAUAGUUUGUGAUUUCCUGUAGCAGAAGUAUUAAUAGAUAUUUCUAACACUGUAAUAGUCUUUUACAACCACUAACUGAUGACCAUCCUUAAGGCCUCUGCCAUGUCCUGAGGAAGUGUAACACCACAGCUGACCACUAGAGACCACUCUAACACUGUAUAUCGCUAAUGUCAGAAUAUGAGGCCUCCUAUUGGCUUGAUCAUGUGUCACUGUUAUACCUCUUUUUCCUGGUAUCUCUACACAACCAGAUAUCGUCUUACACCAGAUGUUAAGACAUCCAGACACAACUGUGGAAACACACAGACACACACACACUGGCAGCAUUCACACCAGGACGUCUCAGAUCUUCCUCUGAAAAACCGUCUUGCAUCUGCGGACUUCAAAACGCGAGGAAGCCGAGAGAUCAGCCAGCUCUUCAGCAUGGCCAACUGGGAGAGUGUAUUUGCGUAAGUCUCAUUACUUAUUGAUUACAGCAUAGUUACUGGCAGGCCACAAUUUGGAGCUGGAACUUUGUUGAAAAUGUUUCUUUUGACGUGUGAAUGCCAGUCCGAUGAUGUAUUUGUGUUUGUCUUAAAAUACCUCCUUUGUAACGUGUCCAGGAGUAAAUGUGUCAGCAGUUGAAAAUGGUGCCUCACAAACAGGAAGUGAUGUCACACAACAGGAAACCCAGCACAAUGCUCCCACUCACACCUCAACACUGUGACACACAGUUCUGGUAGAGGUUUUAUUUUCAACAAAAGUACAGCUAUAUCAGAUAUGGAUUUAUUUUUUACAGCGAAGUACAACAUAUUCCCAGUGCUUCUGAUUACAUCAAAACAUAUAAUGUACAUACAGUUGACAUCUCCACUCUCCCAUUCACAGUUUCUGGAUUGAAUAGGCAUUAUUUUAAAGUUUUUUUUUUCCAUUUCUACAACAAAUAAUCAAACUGAAAAAGGCCAGCAAGAAAGAAAACAGAAUGUUUGCAUAUGGUGACAAAGGAUGUAAAUACUGUGAGUAAAUUCUACUGUGAAAAAAAGACCUCAAACUACAUGGUAAUAUACAAUGGAUAGAUUUGAAAUGUGGGAUGUCAGUCUUCUGUUCACCUUGUUACUACUCAACAGCACAUUGAUAAUGUGGCUCAUUGAAGACGCAACUGUAUUCUGACUAUUCUGCAACAAUAUCCGACUAGAUGAGAAGUUCCUAUUGAGGAUGUCGCUACACUAAAUGUGAGUGAACGUGGUUUUUUACUGGCUCAUGCACAACCCCCGGAUUAAAGAGCAAACUCUGGACAGUCUGCUAACUUAGCUGUCUUGGUUUUAUGACUGAAAAGAGAAAGAAAAAGAAUCUGCGCAGACGGCUGUCCUCUCAGCUCGCAGUACAAGGUCAGACUGACAAUAUAUAUAUAUAUAUAUAUAUAUAUAUAUAAAACCAAUAUAUACAUCCUUUUUAACAAUGUGGCCAAAAUGGUACUGCUUAAUACUGCAUUCAAUAAAUACAAGUGAGGAAUCAA